AUGGCGCUAUUGGCGAGGCAAGUGGUUGCGAGCGAAAAAUGGCGGCGCGAAUUAACCAAGGAGGCGGGCCGGGCACUACGGCGGACCGGGCACGGUGUUGGUUCUCUGCAUAAACAACCACAGGGGCCAAAAUGGCUCCCUUAUCUCAUCGAUCCUCUCGAAUCCAUUGCGAUGUCAAUAGAAGUGCCAAAAAUCAAACUUAACAAUGGUGUCGAAAUUCCGGCAGUUGGAUUAGGAACGUGGCAAUCCAAAGCAGGAGAGGUUGAGAAGGCUGUGGAAUACGCCCUCAAGGAAGUGGGAUACCGUCACCUUGACUGUGCUUGGGCUUAUGGGAAUGAGAAAGAGGUCGGCGAUGGGAUUCGUGCCUCUGGUGUCCCUAGGUCCGAAGUAUUUAUUACCAGCAAGCUGUGGGGCACUUGGCACAACCGCGUCGAAGAAUGUCUUGACCAAACACUCACCAAUCUCGGCACAGAUUACAUUGACUUACCAUUGAAUCCCAAGGGGAAUCACCCUGUGUUCCCCACGUUACCCAGCGGUAAGCGAGAUGUCUACCACGAGUGGGACUUGAAGGAUACUUGGAAGCAAAUGGAAGAGCUCGUAAAGAAGGGCAAAGUUAAAUCUAUCGGAGUGUCCAAUUUCUCGGAAGCCAAGCUCGAACUAAUCCUGCCUACGGCAACGAUUAUUCCUGCCGUUAACCAGCUCGAGAUCCACGUGUACAACCCACAACAUAAGCUCCUUAAGUAUCUCAAAGACAAAGGGAUCGCGGUCGAGGCUUACUCACCAUUGGGCUCCACCAAUUCCCCAUUGUUUACCGACGAUGUCGUUGUAAGUAUAGCAUCGAAACACUCUAUUCAACCAUCGGAUGUAUUACUGGGCUACCUACUCGCAAAGGACAUAAUCAUCCUGCCGAAAUCCGUCACUCCUGCGCGCAUAGCCGCAAACUUUGGCCCUGCCGUUACAGCCGCCAAAAAGCUGGACACUGCCGACAUCGAGCAGCUUGACGGGCUCGCGGCUGCCGGAAAACAGAAGAGAUUCAUCACUCCCCCUUGGCCUGUCGAUCUCGGCUUCGAUAAUUGGCCUCCUCUUCCAGCCUGA